CAAAGUAGAGGUUUCUUUUGAAACUAUAACCAUAUCGGAAACAGUUGCAAACUGACAGCCCUUUUUACAGAAGGUAUGGAUUGUUACAAUACAUCAUGUAUAUCUCCAACGACUGGAGUAGCCCCAUUCAUCUUCACUACAGCAUUCCAAUUUUUAGCUGCAUUGCAAUGUGGCAUCUCAGAAGGGCCAACACCAGAUGCUAAUAUAACAGAUGGACAAACAUUUCAUUUCAUAAUCGUGGGAGCUGGAACUGCUGGCUGUGUGUUAGCAAACAGAUUGAGUGCGGUACCAGAGUGGAAUGUUUUACUGAUCGAGGCUGGUGAUGAUGCUCCAGUUGAAGCUGAUAUUCCAGGCCUGCACACAACGUUAUAUCAUUCAAGGUACGAUUGGGAUUACGAGACAGCUCCUAAUGGAAGGACAAAUGGAGCUAACGUAAACGGUACUGUAAACUGGCCUCGUGCGAAGAUGAUAGGGGGUUGCAGUAACAUAAAUGCCAUGAUCUACGUACAAGGAAAUGAUCAAGACUAUCAAAAUUGGGUCGACCUUGGUAACCCAGAAUGGAGUGUCGAAGAAGUUCGCCGGUGUUUUAAGAAAGCAGAAAGCUUACAAGAUAUGAACAUGUUGAACAAUCCUUAUAUCAGUGAUCAUUAUGGACACAACGGACCCUUACCUAUAAACUCGUUUAACUUCACAUACCCACAUCUUAGGAAGAAAAUUUUAUCAGCUUGGAACAGGAUAGGUAUCAAGAAUGUGCCUGAUUAUAAUGUCGCAAACGUAUUAGGAUCUGGUCGCAUGCGAUGCACAGCAGCUUCUGGAGAAAGACAGAGCUUCAGUAAGGCUUAUUUAAACCCAGUUCUUAAUAGAAAAAACUUAAAAGUUAUGAAGAAUAGCUUAGUUACGAAAUUGAUAUUUAAAACCGGUUCUAAAACUAUUCAAGGGGUUGAAGUAGAUCAUGACUCUAAAAUAUUUAAAUUUUAUGCUAUAAAUGAAGUUAUUGUAAGCGCAGGAGCCAUAAACUCUCCACAGCUUUUAAUGCUGUCUGGAAUUGGACCAAAAGAACAUCUUCUGUCUAAAGAAAUACCAGUUGUAGUUGAUUCUCCAAUGGUAGGACAAAAUUUACAAGAUCAUCUUUUUAUACCUAUUUUUAUAUUUUGUAAUGAAACUGGAGAGCAAAGUGUAGCUGAUCAACAAUUUGAUGCCAUUCGCUAUAUAUAUAACCGCACAGGGUAUUUAUCACACAAUGUUGCCAUCGAUGCCUUAGCAUUUUACUCUGAUAACACAAACGCUACUUAUCCUGAGUUUCAAAGUCAUGUUGCAAUAGUAUGGCAAAAUAGUCCCUUUAUGGCAGAUAUUUUAGAUUCAUGGUUUAGAUACAAAGAUGAGGUGAAAAAGCCAUUGAUUGAACUCAACAAAAAUUAUGCUAUUUACAUGCAUGCUUUUCAUACUUUACAUCCUGCAUCGAGAGGGAGUAUUUAUUUGCAAUCAAAAGAUCCCCGAGUGUAUCCAAUUAUCGACGCGAAUUAUUUCAGUGAUCCUGAAGAUUUAGAGUUAACAGCAACUGGAAUUAAAAUGCUUACUAAGAUAAUAAAUACAACAGAAUUUAGAAAUAUUAACGCCUUUUUAGGGAGAAUGGAAUGGCCACCAUGUGAUGAUUAUAAAUUAGACAGUAGAGAAUACUGGAAGUGUGUUUGUAUGGAGAUGGUAGUAACUGUAUACCACCCUGUUGGAACAUGUCAGAUGGGACCCGAUCCAAAGACAUCAGUAGUCAACAGUCGAUUAAAAGUCCAUGGAGUUCGAAAACUCCGUGUAAUAGACGCUAGCAUAAUGCCGACACUGACCAGUGGUAACACUAACGGUCCAACUGGAAUGAUUGGAGAAAGGGGAGCAGAGUUAAUACUGGAGGACUACAACCUAUUGUGAUUUAUUUUUACUUAUUGGUUGAAUACAAUA